GUAUAUACCUGGGGAUAGACCUCGCGACAAUUAGGACCUGCUGUAGUGGCAAAUGUAUCCAUAAUGAAAACCGAAAUUCAAUAAAAUGUUGUCCGCCCUGCGUCGGAAACUUCGGUUUGGAAUGCAGCGAACAGUUCUCAUUGCGGUCCUGCUGGCGGUGGGCCUAUUCAGCUAUGCCUUCCUCAACCUAAAAUUCUGCUUCAAGCUCAUGUCGCACAGGAGUCUCAAUCUCAUGUGCCAGAAGUUUGAGCAGCAGGAGUACAGUGGCUCGCUAUGCGAAGAGCUAUGCGGGGCACAGUCGACAUUCGACAACUUCCAGUGUCCGCUGAAUGACAUGAAGACCAUUCUGUUUACGGCCGAAAAGAAUGGUGAUAUGUAUGCGGUGAAGCUGGCCAGGCACAACGAUGACGAGUUGAGCUGGAAGAACACCAAGGGGGAGUCGAUUUACCCAAAGAUUGAGGAGUUCCAUGAGAUUGUCAAGCUACACAUUAUACUCGCUUACAAUGUCACCCUCGACGAUAACAUGAUACGCGCCUUGGUCAACCAGGAGAUUGCCGAUGACAACUCCCAGCAGAUGGUCAGCUUCUGGCGAUUGUUCAAGGAUAACAACUACAUGAUGGGGAAGCUUUUCGACGAGGAGUCUGUAUUCCCAGCAGUACUCGGGUCUUGCGGGCCCUACUAUGCCACCGAAGGACUGGAGAUAGUGCAAUCGAAUCCCAGCAUUAUGCAGUACUUAGCCUCUAAUCGGCAGCAGCGUCUAAAGCACGCUCUCAACAUCAUGGAGUACAUCUUCCGCAUGGACGAGAUGAAGCCAGAGCCCUUGAAAAUGUGCAAGAUGCAGGUGAAUCGAUUUGGCACCACGCCCGAGCGUCGCCUCAAGUACCAGAGCGCCGAGCACGUGUACGUCGAGAGUCAGCUGGACAAGCGCCUGUCCCGCGGGGUGAAGUGCCAAAGCGACAAGGACUGCCACUUCCACUCCUGUCGCGGAAUGUGCAACGAGGAGCGACAUGCUUGCACCCACAUCCAGCAGAACAACAACUUCCAGAUUUUUUGUGAACACAUACUCCUGGGCGGCGGAACCUUUCAGCCUGGACUCUUGAGUGGUGUGCGGCUCACGCGACCCAUGCAGAAGGUGGUGAAAAUGUGCGUGCAGCCGCCCAAGGAGCACCAGGUGCCAGGCCGCCACCAGGCUCCAAAUAUGCAGCUCGCCGUGCGGCUCUACAAUGAUCUGAAGCAGCUGUACCAAGCGGCGGCGGCGGCUGCAGGAAACGAGGCUGGCGAGGACGGACCCGGACCGCGUCAGAUUGAGGAUCAACGCAGCGACUAA